CCAGUUGGGGGGGGGGGGGGAAGGCCCACGCGCUUUCGUCGGUUGAGCGCGGCUUCAACGAGAACUGGCCAUAGCACCCGACCCCACUCCCACGAUCCCCUAAUCGGUCUCUCUCCCCGACAACUCGCACAUAUAUAUCGAGCCAGGGAAGUGGAUGUGUCAGAGGCAGAGUCCCCUCAACUCCAUCUCGGACAUCGAUGCUCGCCUCGCGUUGAAAAAAUGCCUUCCCGCCUAGAAGAUUAUGAGCUGCUGGAGAGCAUCGGCUCCGGUUCUUAUGGCAGAUGUCAGAAGAUCAGACGGAACUCGGACGGAAAGGUUCUGGUCUGGAAAGAAAUGGAUUAUGGAUCCAUGUCUGAGGCAGAGAAACAGAUGCUUGUCUCAGAGGUGAACUUACUUCGUGAACUUAAACAUCCAAAUAUUGUUCGAUAUUAUGAUCGUAUUAUUGACAGAACAAAUACAACAUUAUACAUAGUAAUGGAGUUCUGUGAAGGAGGUGAUUUGGCCAGCCUGAUUAACAAGUGUAUUCGAGAAAGGCGAUAUUUAGAGGAAGACUUUGCCCUGCGUGUCCUUGCUCAGACAGCUUUGGCCUUACGAGAAUGUCACAGACGUAGUGAAAGUGGUCGCACAGUGCUACACAGAGAUCUCAAACCAGCAAAUGUUUUUCUUGACGCGCAACAUAAUGUCAAAUUAGGUGAUUUUGGCUUGGCUAGAAUUUUGCAACAUGAUACUAGUUUUGCCAAAACAUUUGUUGGCACUCCAUAUUACAUGUCUCCAGAACAAAUUAAUCACAUGUCCUAUAAUGAGAAAUCUGAUAUAUGGUCCUUAGGAUGUCUGCUGUAUGAACUUUGUGCACUUUCCCCACCUUUCACUGCAUAUAAUCAGAAGGACUUAGCAGAAAAAAUAAGAGAGGGCAAGUUCAGACGAAUUCCUUAUCGCUAUUCUGAUGAACUAAAUGAUCUGCUUGGCAAGAUGUUAAACCUUAAGGAUUAUCUAAGGCCUUCUGUGGAUGAGCUAAUGCAGCAUACCUUAAUUGCUGAUUUGGUGGCUGAAGAGCAACGAAAAAUGUCAGCUGAAAGAAGAGGGAGAAGAUCUUUGGAGAAUGAACAUCUCCAGGACCGUGACCCAAUGAUGACUGAGCUGAAACUUAAAGAAGAACAGCUUCAGAACAGGGAGAAGGCCUUAAAAAAGAGAGAAGAGUUCCUUGAACAACGUGAGCAAGAGCUUUGCAUUCGAGAGAGACUGGCAGAAGAAAAGUUUUCUAGGGCAGAGAGCAUAUUAAAGAACUAUACCUUGAUGAAGGAAAAGCAAAUACUGAAGACAGCAGUUCUUCGAUUAGAUGAUUAUGUAGACACAGAAUCCUCUCCAGGGAAGAAGAAAGUUCAUUUUGCCGGAGAGAGUAAAGAAAACAUUCACUUUAAGGAAAGUGAUGCAACAAAGCGCCUAUGUAAACCAAAAAAUUUGGAUCUGAAGAAAAGAUUGCAAGCUGCUAAUCUCCGAGCCAGAGCAUUAUGUGAAUUGGAAAAAAAUUACCAACUAAAGAGCCGACAACUUUUGGGCAUGCGCUGAUUUGUCUGUAAUGAACAUAUUUUUAAAAGAAAAUAUAUUUGAUAUAAUAGAAAAGCUGUGAUUUAUAGAAUGGUAGUCUAUCACAAAUUUGACUGUCUCUUACUGUGUACAUCAGAUACUCAAUUUAGUCUCAACUUUUGCUUCCACACUGAAAUGGAAAGAAACAUUCAAAAGAGCACCCACUUUCUCUUCACACCAUGAUUCACCUUGUUUUCUAACGUGCUGCUGCCCCAUCGAGGUUCCCAACGCGGCAAGUCACACACCAUCUUUCCUAUUCCGAGUCAAAAAAGUGUGGCAGUGGAAAAAGCACAGCAGGUCAGGCAGCAGCUGAGGACCAAGAGAGUCGGUGUUUUGGGUAUGACCCUUCAACAGUCCUGAUCCUUGGAGGCUGCCUGACCUGCUGUGCUUUUUCCUGUGCCACACUUUAUCAAGUGACUCUCCAGCAUCUGCAGGCUUACUAAGUCCUACCUUCCCUAUUCCAUUAACUUUUCUUCAUACUUUCAAACUUUGCUGUGGACAUGUUACAGCAUAUACAUGCUGGUAUGGCCUCUUAAAAUGUACCAUUUCCUGACUUUAUUGUUACAUAUUUAUUUCUGUUAUAACUUUUGUUGACCCAGUGCUACCAUUUUUGCAUAUGAGAUUAGAUUUGUUGUAAAGUAUUUUCAAAACACUCCAGUUUGGAGUAAGCAGCUUCAUAUUAAAAUUUAUAUUCAAUUUAUUGCCAUUCUAUGUUUAAGUAUUUUCUCAAAAGUACAUUUGUGUUUCUGCACUACUAUAUUUGUAUAAUUUAUGGAGGUAACUCAAUUUGGGGGCAGUAAACUUGGCAGUAUUAAUCAAGCUGUCCAGUGUAUACCACUACAUUCCUUUCCGGAAAAAGAAAAUUACACAGGGUGUAUAACAAAUGGCCAAUUGCAUACCACCAGUUUUGUCCUCAUUUAAGUGGAUUUUAUUUGGAUAUAAUGAAAAGCUGUUUGCUAACUUUUUAUUCUUUGUAGCCAUACAGAUGUAAAUUUAUCUUGUUUGUGAAAGUCUACAGUUGAUUAAAAUCAAUAUUUUUAAGCUACUA